GAGGCGCAGAUGGGGCCUGCUGGUUUUAAAUUCGCGUCGCGGGCUUAUGACGUCCUCUUUACUCGCUGCUUAUCUGCAGGAAAGAACUUUUAGUUCACCAUCCAUCGCAAAUCUACAAUGGCCGAGGAAGGCAGUCCUGCCGGAGGUGUGAUGGAUGUCAACACCGCUCUCCCUGAAGUGCUCAAGACCGCACUCAUCCACGAUGGCCUGGCCCGCGGUAUCCGUGAGGCUGCCAAGGCUCUGGACAAGCCUUUUAAACUCUGGCAGGUUGAUGACAACAAGAAGCUUGGUGAGUGGGUUGGUCUGUGCAAGAUCGACCGCGAGGGUAAACCGCGCAAGGUGGUUGGCUGCAGCUGCGUCGUUGUUAAGGAUUAUGGCAAGGAGUCCCAGGCCAAGGAUGUGAUUAAGGAAUACUUCAAGUCCAAGAAAAGAAGUGUCAAUAAAACGAUGAAAUGAA